UGAGCGAGCACAAAGGGGCCUGAAGGAGUUGAGCGCUCGAGCUGCGCUGGGCGUUGCCGGGUGAAGCGAGUGUCGCCGAGGCCGCUACAGUUGGCCUCUCGCUGGCCCAGCGCAGCCCACGGAUCCCGAGCGGAGAACACGAGCACCGCCGGACUCGCUGGCGAGCUCCCAAGCGGGGCGCCCCGGUCUCUCAAGGAUGGCCGAGCGAAGGUUACCCGGGCGAGCAGGACCCACGGAAAUAACUGGUAAUAAGACCUCUGUAGCCAUGGCUAGUUCUGACCUGAAACCAAAAUCAGUAAGUCAUGCCAAAAAGUGGUCAGAAGAGAUAGAAAAUCUGUACAGAUUUCAACACGCAGGAUAUCGAGAUGAAAUUGAAUAUAAACAAGUGAAGCAAGUUUCUAUGGUAGAUCGUUGGCCAGAGACAGGAUAUGUGAAGAAACUUGAGAGACGGGACAAUACUUUCUAUUACUACAACAGACAGAGGGAAUGUGAUGACAAGGAAGUCCACAAAGUGAAAAUUUAUGCUUACUAGCCUUACUUCUUGGUAAUACCUGUCAUUAUCUUUUUAAAAAUCCACUGUUUGAUUCUACAUCAUGUAAGUGUCAUUUUACAAAAGACUCCAAAAUGCAGACUUCAAUGGAAUGUUUUGAGACACCAAAGCCAUGAAACGUGGUCUCUAGUAAUCAUCCCGUUCUGUUCUAAAAUAUAACUGCAGUAGCAUUCCAUUGGUACCCGCCUUGCUCUGGUUCUUCCUGUUCUAACCGUGGUAGCAUAACUACAGUAAGUCCUCUACAUACAAACGAGUUCUGUUCUGAGAGCGCGUUCGUAAGUCCAGUUUGUUCCUAAGUCCAACAGACCUAGCCUAGGUACCCGACUAACACAGUCGGCUAUAUAGUACUGUACUGUAAUAGGUUUAGAAUACUUUUCACACAAAUAAUACAUAAAAAAACGAACACAAAAAAUAAAGAAAACAUUUUUACUCUUACAGUACAGUCCCUUGAAAAGGACAGUAGUACAGCACAACAGCUGGCAUCCAGGGGCUGGCAUCGAGUGAGCGGGCAAGAAGAGUUACUGACUGGAGGAGGGAGAGGAGGUGGGCGACGGUAGAGCUGAAGGAUCGUCAGCAAUAGGAGACGGAGGGCAAGCGGCAAUUCCACUCACGCCUGACACUGAUGGAACGCACGUUCGCAUCUUGGAAAGUUCGCAACUUGAAGGUUCGUAUGUAGGAGACUUACUGUAUUAUGCAGGGGAAGAAAGAGCCCCACUUGAAACCAUUGCAGCGGUUGUGUAGAGGUUAGUCCCCCGACGCCCAUCACUUUGAACUGCCAGAUCUGCAUUCUGUGGCCCGAGGGGCUUUCUCUUGCCUCUGGAGUCCUUUGCCUCUCACUGAGUUGAGUGGAAAUGCCAAGAAAUGAGGGUGCCUGGGGCGGAGGUAUCAAAGGCCCAGCCACCUGCUUCCGCAGGGAGGAAUCAACCCGAGGUUAACCUUCGCUCACGUGCAGCAGUAACUCAUUGGAUGACGUAGGCAAUUGGUUCUCUCCCGUCCUUGCCCCCUUCCCCCAGUCCCCUGCCAGCGGCUCCUUCCCUCCUGAAUCACCUCCUGGUGGAGCCUCGCCCUGGGGUCAGCUUCUGGGUCCCGUCCCCGCCGCCGCCGCCAGGGAAGACAUGUUCCAGUGCUGCCUGGCACCGCUGCAGGAACAGCCCAGUGCUAACGCGCAAAGAAGGCCGUUAACCCGGGAGACUGAAGAAGCGCCCCCACGCCAGUGAGCCUUGACGCUUUGAAGUUAACUAGCUGAAAGAUAUAAUUUUCAUUAUAACUGUUUUGUCACUGAUAAGACUUUUUGUUUCCAUUGAUAAGUUCUGACCUUUAAAUAGAUUUUGGGUUACGAGCUCACAUCUAUCAAUUCAUUCAACUUCAGGUCCUGUUUUCCAGAACUACCUGCCCCACGAAGCUCCGUUAGUUUUUCCCAGUUCAAAACUGUGCCUUUGGGACUUCCCUGGUGGCGCAGUGGUUAAGAAUCCGCCUGCCAAGGCAGGGGACACGGGUUCGAGCCCUGGUCCGGGAAGAUCCCACAUGCGGCAGAGCAACUAAGCCCGUGCGCCACAACUACUGAGCCUGUGCGCCACAACUACUGAGCCUGUGCACCACAACUACUGAGCCUGCGCUCUAGAGCCCGUGAACCACAACUACUGAGCCCGUGCGCCACAACUACUGAGCCCGCGCGCCUAGAGCCUGUGCUCCACAACAAGAGAAGCCACCGCAAUGAGAAGCGCGCGCACCGCAACGAAGACCCAACGCAGCCAAAAAUAAAUAAAUAAAAUAAAUAAAAAAAGAAAGAAAAGGCAAGGCACUGACUGGGAGACUAAGUCUGCAAAACAUACACAAAAUAAAGGACUUAUGUCCACAGUAUGUAAUGAAUUCUCAAUAUUAAGACAGGACAAUUAGAAUUAGGCAAAAGAUGUGAACAUCUAAAAAACAAAACAAAAGUGUGCCUUUUCAGAACAAACACAUCGUGGAAAGGAUAAAUAGACUGGUAAGCCUCUUUUAUGCCUUUCCCAUGCUGCCCGGGGUCAUCUUAUUUAGCACUUGUUUCAAGUCAUUUAUCUGUACGCCUAUGGUCAGGAUUUCUGUCACUGUCUUCCAGGUUUGGCACACCACUAGGUGCUGAGCAUAGGAGGUCUUCUGAACUUGCUAAUGCAUUAAAAAAAAAAAAAAAGAAAAAUUUACCGUGGUAGAAUAAUUGCCCGCAAAGGCAGCCACAUCCUUAUCCCUGGAACCUGUGGAUGUGGUACCUUAUAUGGCUAAAGAAACACUGCAGAUGUGAUUAAGAACUUGAUAUGCAGACAUUAUCCUGGAAAACCUAGGGGGACCCCAUGUAAUCACCUGGGUCCUUAAAGAGGGGAGAAGGCAAGUCAGAGUCAGAGAAGAUGUGAUGAAGGAAGCAGAGGCCUGAGACAUGCAAGGAAGGAGCCAAAAGCCAAAGAAUACAUAAAGCCCCAAGAGUCUCCGAAAGGAACACAACCCUGCCAACCCCUUGGUUUUACCAGAUAAGACCCAUUUCAGACUUCUGGCUUCCAGAACUGUAACAGAAUAAACUCAUGUUGUUUUACACUC